AUGGCUCCCUUGUUGUUGUUGGUGGUUUUGUCCGUGACCCUACAAGCCAGUGCUAAGAAGGAAUUUGUGGACCUGUCCCAGGAGCAUAAACCCGGGAUCGUGGCCUACCCUAUUCACAGUCGAUCAAAGAGGGAAUCAGUUGAUGUGAAGAUAGAAUAUAACACUUUCCAGACAGUGGAGCAUUAUGGGACACACGUGGAUGUUCCCUGUCACAUGAUGGAGGGAAAAUGGCGCCUUCACGAAGUUCCUGUCAGUCAGUUUACGGGUCCUGCGGUUGUGAUUGACCUCACGGAUCGAGCCGCGGAUAACCCUGAUGCCGGGGUCACGGUGGCCGAUAUUGAAGCAUACCACCUCUUUCCGUAUCCUGGUUUUCACGCAAAUACAACGAAAUGGCUGGUGGAAAAUCGGUCCACUUUCCACGGGAUUGGCGUGGACACUAUUUCACUAGACCGUGGAUUAAGCAAAACAUUCAGAGCAUAUUUAAACCUCUUCGCUGGCAAUAAAGUUGGGUUUGAAACUCUGGCUAACUUGGAAAAGAUUCCUGAAGCGGGAGCCAUGUUCCAUGGCAUUCCCAUAAACCUCUACGACGGAAGUGGAUGUCCCGUCCGCACCUACGCCAUUGUCGACUCGGAUUCCAGCGCGUCUUCUCGUCUCACACCGAUGGCAUUCGUGGGAAUGCUAGCUGUCGGAAUGCAGGCCGUUCGUCUGCGUUUCAUGUAA